CGCCGUGGAUACUCAACUAUUCGGAUUCUUGUCUUGCUGCGUCAGUGAACGUACGGACAAGACCGCUAAAGCUUUCAUUUCUCUCUUCAAGAAGUUAAAUCUAACGUAGUCUUCAUCACCAAACGCUUUGGGUUCGGUAUCAGAAGAUUGAAAAAUGGCCGUCUCACAACCUCGUCAAAUCCACGCCGAGAGCGAAGCUGGAAUCAACAAACAGAUCAACAUGGAGCUGUACGCCAGCUACGUGUACCAGUCCAUGUGCUUCUACUUUGACCGCGAUGAUGUCGCUCUGCGAGGCUUUGCCAAAUUCUUCAGAGAGAGCUCAAAGGAAGAACGGGAGCAUGCUGAGAAACUGAUGAAGUACCAGAACAAAAGAGGAGGCCGAAUUGUGCUGCAAGACAUCAAGAAGCCUGACCGUGACGAGUGGGGAACAGGGCUGGAGGCCAUGCAGACUGCCUUGUCACUGGAAAAGAAUGUGAACCAGGCUUUGCUGGAUCUGCACAAGAUUGCGGACACACAUGGAGAUGCACAGAUGAUGGACUUCAUUGAGGGAGAGUACCUCAAGGAACAAGUUGACUCCAUCAAGGAGAUCUCUGACCAUGUGACCAACCUGAAGCGUGUCGGCACAGGCCUGGGAGAGUACAUGUUCGACAAGGAGACCCUAGGUGGGGAUGAGUAAACCCUUUAGGACCACGCCCUCCCCAUCACCUGGAGGAGUCUGUCUCUGUAGCUUCUGGUUGACAUCUCAAUCUUACAUUUAAAUCUGUCAUACCGGUGUACACUGUGUCUGGACUACUGUAUACUAUAUCAGCUGAUGUAAUUAUCUUGUAACUAGCUCAGAAUGUUUGGCACCAAGUUAAUCUUCCGAAUGUUACCGGUGAAGAUAUUGUAUUCUUCCUCGCAGGUUGUUUGCUUGUCUAAUACUAUCCAUGACAUGCCUCUGAACAUUGGUGUAUGAAGCUGCAGAAGAGGAAAUAAAACUUGAAACUGA